GUCCGCUCCUCUGGACCAGAGCCUGGUGGGACCAGAGUCCCGGGUCUGCUCGGGGAAGCAGCAUGUCCAUCCUGCCGUUCACCCCCCCGGUGGUGAAGAGGCUGCUGGGCUGGAAGAAGGGAGAGCAGAACGGCCAGGAGGAGAAAUGGUGCGAGAAGGCUGUCAAGAGUCUGGUGAAGAAGUUAAAGAGGACGGGGCAACUGGACGAGUUGGAAAAAGCCAUCACGACCCAGAAUAUCCACAGCAAGUGUUUGACCAUCCCCAGGUCUUUAGAUGGACGCCUCCAGGUCUCCCACAGAAAAGGACUUCCUCAUGUGAUCUACUGCCGCUUGUGGCGUUGGCCAGACCUGCAGUCUCACCAUGAGCUGAGGGCUGUCGACCACUGUGAAUUUGCCUUCCACACAAAGAAAGAUGAAGUGUGUGUCAACCCUUACCACUACCAGAGGGUGGAAACACCAAUUUUGCCUCCAGUUCUAGUGCCCCGCCACACAGAUAUUCCCACUGAUUUCCCACCGUUGGAUGACUAUAGCCCAUCAAUCCCUGAAAAUACCAAUUUCCCUACUGGCAUUGAGCCUCAGAAUAACUAUAUUCCUGAAACUCCCCCACCAGGCUAUCUGAGUGAGGAUGGUGAGACAAAUGAUCACCAACUCAACCAUAACAUGGACACUGGUUCACCCAGCCUGUCACCCAAUCCUGUACCAGCCAUAAACAGUAAUCUUGAUUUACAACCUGUGACAUACUGUGAAUCUGCCUUCUGGUGCUCCAUCUCCUACUACGAGCUAAACCAGCGCGUUGGAGAGACCUUCCACGCAUCCCAGCCUUCCCUUACAGUAGAUGGAUUCACAGACCCGUCCAACUCUGAGCGCUUCUGUCUGGGAUUGCUGUCCAACGUCAACCGAAAUUCAGCAGUAGAGCUCACACGCAGACACAUAGGACGGGGUGUGAGGUUGUACUACAUUGGGGGAGAGGUGUUUGCAGAGUGUCUUAGUGACAGUGCCAUCUUUGUUCAAAGUCCAAACUGCAACCAGCGCUAUGGUUGGCAUCCUGCCACUGUGUGCAAAAUACCUCCAGGCUGCAACCUUAAGAUUUUCAACAAUCAGGAGUUUGCCGCCCUCCUCGCCCAGUCCGUCAACCAGGGCUUUGAGGCCGUCUACCAGCUUACCAGGAUGUGUACCAUUCGGAUGAGUUUUGUUAAGGGUUGGGGAGCCGAGUACAGACGUCAGACGGUGACCAGCACCCCCUGCUGGAUAGAGCUGCACCUGAACGGUCCCUUGCAGUGGCUGGAUAAAGUCCUCACACAGAUGGGCUCUCCCAGCAUCCACUGCUCUAGUGUGUCUUAGGAAGACAAGUUCUCUUCACAUAACUGAAUGCACACCACAAAGGAAAGUCAAACAUUUUUCUCUGAUAGCAAAAGCAGACGUUGUUCAUCAACACAACAACCUUCUUCUAUGUGGACAGUUGGUUAUGUUCUUAAGUUUUUAUGUGCUACAUGAUAUUUGCUGUAAGUUAAAGAUAAGCAAAUUUUCCUCAUCACCUCAUUAUGCCUACACUUAGUAUGUAGCUUUUAUUUCAUAGAUUGAAAUGUUUGUUCCCCAAGUUGAAGCUAUGAUAUAGUUUCAGCUUGACCAUUUUCUACGACUUUCAAGAGACUUGAUUCUAUGAAUUGAGAUUAAGAAUAUGCUUCUUCCCAGAAUCUCUUCUUAAAGGCACUGAUUUGAAGGCUCGUCAAUUGAACCAUAAAAUAUCAAAUACAAAUGUGAUGUCCUCUAUUAACUUCAUAGAAUUUAAUACUAAAAGUACAAAGUACUUUCCUCUUUAGUGAUUUACCUGCAUUACGGCAGGUAUCAAUGAUGUAAUUGAUCAUUUAAUUGGUAUUUUCUCUACAUGAAGAAAAAAAAAAAAAGCACCAUUGUUUCUGUAAGAGAACCCUUGUAUGAAAACUAUUUUCUUCAGUGAAAGAGGCAUUUUAUAAGUUAUUUUUGGAUAUUGUUCUGCAUGGGAAUAUAUUUUUAUUAUUGCCUUAAUAUGGUUGUACAUAAAUAUUUAUAGCCUGUAAUUUCAUGUAUAUGCAUUGCUUGAAAUAGUGGACCUGACUUACCUCUGUUAUGGAGCUGACUUGCAAUAUCACCCAAAUCAUGGCCUGCUUAUACAGGUGUUUCUAACUCAGGUCGACUGGUUCUACAACGUUAAAUACAGGAAUACUGAAUCGGCCAUUACUGCUACAGCCUAAAUUUAAAAAGUUGAAAUAGUAUGGGGAAAUACAAAGGAAAAAGGGUGUGUUACAUUUUCAGAUUUCGCUGCCUACAUACGUUUUCACAGAGAUGAUCCAUCUCAGACACUUUUAAGCCCAGAGUAGUUCACCUCAGGACAAAGUUAAUCCAAAAAGUCACUUAUUUUUCAUGGAAAAGUUUGAAAGAGCAUUUACAAAUGUAGCUCUGUGUUGUCGGACUUGACAAAGGUUUCUCGAGUUGUUUGUAACAUGUGACCAUUCAGAAAUUGAUAUAUAAAAAGAAAUGAAGUUGAGACAAAAUAUUAAACAUCUUGUGUUUGUAUUGUCUGGAAUUAAAGUCAAUAUAAAUGUAAGAAUCAGAUGUAUUUAUUUUUAUUUUUUGUAUUCUCCACACUUUUUUUUCUGGUUGUACAGUAUGCAUUUUCACAAUAAACUGAUUGGACACCACUUGACUUAAGUGUGAAAGUAUAACAAUCAAGGCUACAGUUUAUCUAUCAAUGGGAUGUGGAGAAAGAGGAGAAAAACAUUUUGCAUUAUUAACAAUAACCAAUGUUAAACCAUGCUCCUGUGUAAAUGAUGCACCUCCACUUUAAUGUGUUGCAAUGCUUUAGUUGUAGUGGUAACCUGCUUGUCCAAUAAGCACUGUAUUAUCAAAUGUACAUUGUUAUGAUAUAUGGCAUGUGUAAUAUGCUCACUGUCCAUGCUCACUGACUGAUGCAACAUUGUUAAUCCUGCACUUAAAAGUACAUAAGACUAAGUCACCAGUUGUAAUGCUCAUCAUGCUAAUACUGUGUACUACAGUACAUUUAGGUGGUAGAUCUGUAUCAGUUCUUGUGUUCCUUGAUGUUGAAAGUCAGUUUUCUGUUCUAAGUCUUACAUGACCCCCACCCCCCCCCCCCCCAAUGUAAGCCUAAUAUUUGAUUUGCUCUCAAAUGACCAC